AACUCUGCUUUUCCUGGAACUUGCUGUCAAGUAGUAGAACAUUAACAGUCUCGAACAUUCUGUGCCAACGCAUUAAACAGUCAGCAUACGAAAAAUUUGUAAAAAUUGUUAAAUUGAACAAACGAUACAUAUAUCGUCGUGAAAAAAACCAGAGAAGUUUUCGCGGCAUACACUGCAAAAAUACAAGUGCUAGCAAAGUCUAGGGAAAAUAUUCGGCUGAAAAUAAUACUUGCCGCGGCAACUGAACUGUGCAUCCGUUUUUUUUCGUGCAACAUUCGUAAGGCGAGCCUGGUGAGCUUCAAAUUGUGUUGUUCUGCGUCGGUCCGGUGACGGAGACGCCAUCGCUGUUUCCGCUGAUUGUCGCCGCGCCUGCGCCUGCGGCCUUCUAGCCUUCUAGCGGCCCGUGAGUCAGGGGUAACGCCUGCCUGCCUUACGUGCAUCUGGACGCCAUGCCUCCUAAAAAGAACCCAGGCGCACGGCGCCGUGGUACAACUUUGUCACUGAACGAGUUCUUGCGCGACGAUGACAAUUCAAAUCCGACAGAUCCGACCCCUGACCCGAAUCCGCCGAUGGCGACUAAUGGAUCCAGUCGCUCUCGUAAUCGUCAGCCACCCAAUCGAUCUCGCAAGAAUGCCCGUCAAAAUGGCGAAAUGCUUUCACCCUCUGCAGUUGGAUCCAAUCCCUCAAAUCCAGUCAAUCCGACCGAUACCAAGCCGCCGAUGGCGACUAAUGGAUCCAAUCGCUCUCGUAACCGUCAGCCACCCAAUCGAUCUCGCAAGAAUGCCCGUCAAAAUGGCGAAAUGCUUUCACCCUCUGCAGUUGGAUCCAAUCGCUCAGAUCCAGUCAAUCCGACCGAUACCAAGCCGCCGAUGGCGACUAAUGGAUCCAGUCGCUCUCGUAAUCGUCAGCCACCCAAUCGAUCUCGCAAGAAUGCCCGUCAAAAUGGCGAAAUGCUUUCACCCUCUGCAGUUGGAUCCAAUCCCUCAAAUCCAGUUAAUCCGACCGAUACCAAGCCACCGAUGGCGACUAAUGGAUCCAAUCGCUCUCGUAAUCGUCAGCCACCCAAUCGAUCUCGCAAGAAUGCCCGUCAAAAUGGCGAAAUGCUUUCACCCUCUGCAGUUGGAUCCAAUCGCUCAGAUCCAGUCAAUCCGACCGAUACCAAGCCGCCGAUGGCGACUUAUGGAUCCAAUCGCUCUCGUAAUAGUGCUCAUCAAUAUAACGAUCAGACAUCCAAAGCUGCAGUUGGAUCCAAUCGUUCUGGUAAUAAAUCCCGUCGAAAUGGCGACAGGCCGUUCGCCUCCAAUCGUUCUGGUAAUAAAUCCCGUCGAAAUGGCGGCAGGCCAUCCGCUUCUGCAGUUGGAUCCAAUCGUUCUCAUCGGGAGUCAAAUCCACCAAAACCGACAAAUACCAAUCCUCAGUGCCAUCAAUUCGGCGGUCCGGCUGGGUCCAAUUGUCCUGAUAAUGGAACCCUCCAAAAUUACGAGAAUCCAUAUACCGCCGAUCUUGGAUACAAUCAGCCAUUCCGCCCUGGCGUAAAAUUCCAUCAGCUAUUUGGUUAUAAAAUCGCUACAAUUCCCGAUCAGGAGCUAUAUUCACCAACACCAGAACCGACAGAUACCGAUCCGCCGAUGGCGGCUAAUGGAGCCAGUUUCCCCAGUACUAAUACCCCUCAAAAUGACGAUCCUCCAGACACGUCUGCAGAUGGAACCUCUUAUAUAAAUUGUCAUCAAAAUGAUGGCGGGCCUGCAACUGCAGCGGCUGCCAAUAGACAAGAUUUGACUGGAGCAGCACCCUGCGUCUGGGUAUCCCCCAAUAGUCCUCUAUGUCUUUAUCAAGGAGGCGCUCUCGUGGGCACUACAAGCAUCGGGCAGUAUUUUGGUCUGGAAGGCACUCCAGAAACGUGGAAUCUGGCAGCACCGUUAUCCCUUCAAGCUUCCAGUGUAGACUCAUCCCCGAAUCUGGUGAUGGGGCAGGCUGUUGCGGGUCCAUCCCAGAAUCCGGUGAUGGGGCAGACUUUUGUGGACCCAUUGAUCCGACCAACUGCACGUACACGCCCCCGGAAAAGGGGCGGCAGACGCAAGAAGACGGCCUUUGUGCAGCUAGAAUAUAUGGUCGAUUCGAUGCACCGGCAAGAUCCGUAUAGUGGGAAUUUGCCGCCACAAUGCUAUUACGUCAAACGGGAUUCAUAUAACGGGCAUUCGCAGCCGUACCAAGCUGCAUUAGAACAGCAAUACAUUAACGAGUCACUGUCAUAUAAUAGACCCAAUUGUGGAGUCCAGCAUCAGUCAUAUAAUAGAACCAAUUGUGGCCCCAUUGGAAUCGCAGAUCAGCAACAAAUUACAACCAUGUAUCACCGUGGGCGCCAGCAGAUAAUCAACACUCAGAAUCGGAAUGGUCGCACCCAACGGUACGGGAAUCAAAAGCAGGUGGCCACACAACCGAGUGUCCUGACCGGAAGGAUGCAUCCGAUGGAACAACCUCUGCCACCAGAGUUCUAUCGCUGGGAUACGACAAAGAUCAGCAUGCGACGCCGUUACCAGCGCUUAAGACGCACAGUCAUGCGUCAUAUGCCAUCCGGGACCGUGGGAAUCGGGAAUGCAUACCCGGUGGUGGAACCACCACUGGAAACUCUAUGUUGCAACUGUAAAUUUCCAGACCAAAACCCUAUUUCGCAGACGACCACGGAUUCGGUUUCGUGCCCAAAUCCGGCUAGCUUUCUGGCUGUUCCGUUUGAUCAAUACGAUGGUGAAACGGGAAGGUUCAUAAAAAUGGCCGUGCAAAUUCUUAUACCACCUGGUCGAAUCGAUAUUCCAGAGCACAUAUCAACAUCGAUGGUGAUCUAUAAUCCGGAGACGGGGACGAUAGCCGCCCGUUUGGACUCGGAGCCGGUGCCGGCCGCAUUGGAGAACAAUAAUUACAAUGUGUCCCAGUCGGUUUUUCGGAUGGCCAGCCUCCCGAGCACGGGGGUGGGAACGGAUCGGGCUGGGGCUGGUUCAACUUUAUCGGCACGGUGCAGCCUACCAUCAUCCAGAUGUGGCCACGAACGGGAUUGGCGCUUCCUCAGUUCCUGGUGCCACACACCGAUGGGAAUUUCAUUCCAUACUGUCCAAUUCCAGGCGAGACGACCUCCUUUCAGCCAGCACCCGGCUCGGAGUCUGCUACAGAUCCAAAUCAACGAUAUUACGCAAAACCCGGCACCGGAUUCUACAAACCUCAGUCGUCAGAAGGGAUUGAUAAAUACCCCAUACCGAUCUCUCCUACACAAGAACGAGAAGUUUCCGUUGACCCGAGGGUCAUCUGCACCGAUUUUGAAUUCAUUUGCAAGGAAAUUACUCCAAGUCCAACGGCAGAAGCAGGAGAUGGUACUCCAGAUGUCAUUUCUGCGCUGCUCAAUUCACGGCUCAAUUCAAACGUUCCAGAAUACAUUCCACGGCGGUUUACCGCACAAUCCCAAUACCAGCCUCAAGCUGGUCACUAUGGAUCUGGAGGAUACCAAAACUACCAAUCAAGACCAGGUCAAGGUCAAGGACAAGGUCAAGGACAUAUCCCUCGUCGACGUCAAAGAAGAUCAAGGCGUUCUGCGUAUCACAACUAAGUCAUUCCCAAUUUUGUCAACUGAUUCUCAAGGACCAUUGCCCACCGACCCCACCGACCCCACCUCGACACUGCCAACAUACACCCAAUACUCUUACUCUUACACUUACACUUACUCUUACACUUACACUUACACUUACACUUACUCUUGCUCUAGCUUAAUCGAUGUUCUCGGCAUUGCGGCACCAGCGGAGAGAAGCCUGAUCUCACACAUGUCUACGCAGAAACAUAUUUGCGCUAAUCAGUUCGACGAGUCAUUUGCGAAGCUGGCCAUGCGUCUGGAAGUAUUUUAAUAUGAUUUUAGUCUUUCUACAAUAACAUUCACAAUCACUGUCACACUUCAAAUUAAUAUCAUAUCAUGCAAUUGUUAAAAUUUUAUAUGCACAGGCAUAUCUCUUGAGUUCACCCACGAAUUGUUACACACGCUUACUAGCUUUAAUAUAAUAUUGUAAUAUUAAUCAAUAAAGAAAGGGCUUCGAACUCA